AUGAUCUGCAGAAGUUGCCGCACCACAAUGUUGUCCCGAUUCAGCCAGCCCUUCACCCGGGCAGCCUCAGCAGGCACGCGCCAGCUUCCCCUGGCUCGCAGCCAGUUCCGAGCAUACAGCAGUGACAACAAUGCGUCUGUGGCAGCCCCUCCUUCGCCAUCCGCUCCCCGCCAACCCACGGUCGGCGAUCUUUCCACCCCGUCCGCCAUCUCCUCCGCUACCCCCGGUGUUUCCCAGCCUCUGAGCACCCCCGAAGGCGUCCACGUCGACGUCAACCCCGCAGAAUCCACAAAGCCCACCGCUGUCCGCGCGCCGAGCAGCUGCCCCGCCGGCACCAAAUUGAAUGGACUCAACUACUUCAAGAACAAGCCCGAGGUCUUCGCGAAGGAGGACUCCGAGUACCCGGAUUGGCUCUGGGGCCUCCUCGGCUCAGCCGAUAACAAGACCAAGAAGGGCGGCGUUGAUCCCAGCACUUUGAACAAGAAGCAAAGGAAGCGCUAUGAGAAGAAGCUGGCCGCUCGCACCGGUCCCUUGACUGCCCAGGUCCCUGCCCACCACCACGCUCACGAUAUCACACCCGCAUCCUACAACCGCGAUGGAACUCCCGUGGACGCCAUGGCCGAUGCCACCGGUAGCUUCGAGCAGCGCUCGGAGAUUAUCAAGACUGCACGAAAUGCCCGAAGAAAGACUAUCAAGGAAUCCAACUUCCUGCGUGGUCUGUAA